AAUUUAUUCACUUACAGCAAGUACUUAAAAAUGUUAAAACUGAGAGUCGUAGUACAUAUAAGACGUCGUAUUUGGUAUAAUACCUAUUAGUUGAAGAACUUGGUGUAAAUUUAUCCCCUCAAGUAACUGAAUUUGCGUCACCAUUAUGAAAUUUUUGUCGGUUGUUUUGGUGUUCGCCAUUUCGUUAGCUUGUGCUCAAGCUGAUCCAGCUUUGCAGCAUUCGGAAAAACUACUUCAAGAAUGCAACGCAACUUAUCCAGUUCAGCAAUAUUCUCAUCUAACAAUUUGGCUAUCAAUAUCUCGUGGUGUAGGCGUUCAACUCAGCGCCGCAGAAAAAUGCUUUUUGCUUUGCCUCUUUCGCAAAUAUGACGUUUUCGACGAUAACGGUAACCUAAGGAACGGUUCAGCAUAUGUCAGAAAACUUCUCAGUGCUUACCCAGAUAUCGCAAAAUACAGGGAUGUACUAAUGGCUCAAAUAUUCCAAAUCGCCAGAUCAGCAAAAAGUUUUGAUGACAAAUGCGAAAGAGCUUUCGUGAUUCAUCACCAAAUCACUCUAACUGUUUUCACGUUACGAAUUGCUAGAAGCAUAGAAAACGUUACCCAUAUCAAAGAUGAAACUACGAGUAUCAACGCAAUAGAGAGCAGAGAAAACAUUGAUCAACAAACUUCUCAACAACUUGAACAAAAUUUAAAAUUUUUUGAUGCUUUGAUCAACGACGAAGCGACAUGGGGGAGCAUGAAGGGUAAAGUCUCCACUACGCCAUUUUGCAAAGUGGCAAAAUCUAUGAUAACUCUGGGGCCAAACUACUAUGCGAUGACGCAUACACCACCGACCAUUAAUUGUUGACCUAAUAUAAUAAAUUGAACGUUGAUACAGAAAUUUUCACUAGAAUUUAAAAACUUUUAUAUACCUAACCUACAUCAUGACGUUCGAGAAAUUAGCAAACAAGUUGGCAUUUGGCAUAUCUAUUGUACAUUUAAUCAUAUCAAACUUUCAAAAAUGACUUAAUCUAAAAUUUAAAAAAAAUUAUAACAAUAUGGUAAAACAAUGGUAAAAAAGAAAUGAACAAUCACAAAAGGUGCUCAAAUUGAGCACCUCCUGCUUCAAUGCAGGCUAGAAUCGUUCGUUACCAUUUGAAUGUUAUUCGUUCUUCACGAUCACAUCACAUCAAACCUACUCGCAGAUGUGAUACUCAGGUUGUUUGUGAAAUGAGUCUUUUACUAGUAGGUAGGUAAACAAUUUGAAUGCUUCAAAUUUCACCCAAAAUUAUCGCGAAAAGUGUCUAGAUGGGGGUGACUUGACCUGUAGAAACCGAAUUCAGGAUUCAUGUUCUUAUUUGACCAUUAUUUUGUCAAAAAACCAAUGGUCUAAAACUUUUAAAGAUGAACUUUCGAAAAAUUUGCAAACUGAGUUUCAUUAAAAUCGAUCUGGAGGUAAAAAGAAGCGUCCAAAAAAAAUUUCAUGGUAACAAAGUUGUAGAGAAUCAAAUUUCCAAUCGACAUAAUAUCGUUAGUUUUUUUCUAGGAUGCUUGGUUUUUGAUUUUUUUUACAAAAAACUGAAAUUUUCGAAAAAUUUGCAAGCUAAGUUUCAUUAAAAUUGAUCUGGAGAUGAAAAGAAGCAUCCUACGAAAAAAUUAUAUGAAGGAAAAUUGUAGAGAAUUAAAUUUCCAAUCGACAUAGUGUCGUUAAUUUUUUUCUAGGAUGCUUAGUUUUUGAUUUUUUUUGCAAAAAACUAAAAAUUUUGAAAAAUUUGCCAACUGAGCUUCAUAAAAAUUGAUCUGGAGGCGAAAGGAAGCGUCCAAAAAAAAUUUCAUGAGAACAAAGUUGUAGAGAAUUAAAUUUCUAAUCGACAUAAUGUCGUUAGUUUUUUUCUAGGAUGCUUAGUUUUUGAUUUUUCAAAGAAAAACUAAAACUCUUAGAAAUGAACUUUUGAAAUUUUCUUCAUGAAACUCAUCAAGCCACAAAAAUCAAUCUGGAGGCGAAAGGAAGCGUCCAAAAAAAAUUCACGAAAACAAAGGUGUAGAGAAUUUGAUUUCGAAUCGACAUGAUGUCGUUAGUUUUUUUCUAGGAUGCUUAGUUUUUGAUUUUUUAAAGAAAAACUAAAACAUGAAAAUCGGGAUACUGACUUUUGGGCCGCGAAUGACAACCCUUUACCAAUUAGGUAACAAUAGGCGUGGUCAAGGUAUUCUUUUGGUUAAGUAGCCAAAUCAACUACCCAGACUGGUCGCAGUUCUACAAUGACAAGAGUCGCGAGCUGACAUGUUGAUAGUACCAGUAAAUUCUUGGGAGCUCAGGUCUUCAGUUAAAAUGGUUUUUCAAUCUUAUUUAAUUCUUUAUUUCGAUUAAGUUUCAGUUGUGUAAAGUCUUUUUCCUUGUGAUAACUCGUUAUUACAUUGUAUUUUCUACUUUGUGUAAUACAAGUGAUUAAUAUGUG